AUGACUUCGACCAAGCCUCCGGCCAGGAUAUAUCCAAUAACAACCUUCAUUUCAGACCUACCAGCUAGCCUCAUCCCGCAUGGCUCCCAAACAUCUCCCAAAAAUGGAGCCAAUGGCCGCCUGGUCAUCAUCGGCGAUGUACAUGGGAUGAGAAAAUCCCUGGAAGCAUUAUUAAACAAAGUGAACUUCGACAAUAGCAAAGGAGAUCAUCUCAUACUAGUUGGCGACCUAAUCAACAAAGGGCCCGAUAGUCCCGGUGUUGUCGAUCUCGCCAUGAAACUAGGAGCCAGCGCAGUGCGAGGCAACCACGAAAACGCAGUGUUGAAUGCAGUCAUGGAAAUCAACACCUUUCAAAAUAGCCAAUUUUGCCACCAGGACUUUACUGGUAGUUCAGCCGCACCUGAGAACCCCGAAGACAACUCAGCUGAGGCUAGUGUCCCAGAUCUCGAAAUUCCCGACAAUUGUAACUCUGAUGUACCCGCGGUGAAGAUGAAAGCUAGCCCGACAACGCAAAGUACAGCGAGGGCACUCUCCAAGCACCAUAUUGACUGGCUUGCCUCGUUGCCGUUGAUCUUGCGGAUCAGAUUACCUGCCGAUUUGACGUCCUCUUUGGGUGAUUCUCUGGUCGUCGCUCAUGCAGGCCUCGUUCCUGGUAUCCCACUCGAAGACCAAGAUCCAAAUGCUGUAAUGCAUGUCCGGAGUCUGGUUCGUGAGACUGGCAAUGAAAAAGCGUUCACCCCAACUGAGGUUUUCGGGGAUGAAGGCUGGGUUGUGGAAUGGGAUCGGUUGCAGGAGAGUUUGGCGUCUAAGACGACGGUUAUCUUUGGACAUGAUGCAAAGCGGCGUUUGCAGUUGGGUAGAUAUACGAUUGGAUUGGACUCGGCGUGCUUGUACGGCAAUCAAUUAAGCGCUGUUGUGAUUGAGUCUCGGGAUGGGAGAGUUGAGCAUGAGAUUGUUCAGGUUGAAUGUGCUGAUACGCCUGUUGCGUCGACAGUUCCUGUCGAGAAAGGAGAGAAAGAUAUUGAUAAGGAUACAUUAUGUAGGAAUUCUGCCGCUUGA